AUGUCUUUGGUUGGCACAUUACGGGGCGACUUACCGCAGCAGACGCGAUCACUGUAUCGACAGCUUCUGCGCCAGAGCAAAGAGUUUAGCUCCUACAAUUUCCGCGAAUAUGCGAAGCGACGGACCCGAGAUGCCUUUCGAGAAAAUGCUGCGGUAGAUGAUCCCCGCAGGAUCCAGGAGCUGAUCCAGAAGGGGCUCAAGGAGCUUCAGAUGAUGAAGCGACAAACAGUCAUCGGACAGUUCUACAAGAUGGAUCGGUUAGUGGUGGAGGGAGGACAGUCGGGCAAGGAAACGGGUAAAUCAGGCGAGAUAGUACGGCAAAAGGAGCAGGGGUGA